UGUCUACUAACUAUAAUUACUUAGAAUACACAAAAUAGGACAUUAAACAGGUAAGAAAUUAAAUAUCAGUUUGCUGUAGUUGAGCGGUCAAUAACCAAGGCUUUAAAAAACAAUUUCACACUCCAGAUCCUGACUCCCCCACACUGUAGAUUCAUUCCCUGAGCAGCAGAUACUAGGACAGCACAUCCUGACACCACCACACAAUGCACAGAACAGUGUGGUAAUUAGCAGGCUGGUUGAUUCUUUCUAUGUGAUUUUUUUCCCACAGAUAUACAGGACAUCACCACUGUUCAGUUUGACUCUUCCCAAACAGAAGAUGGAGAACAACAAUCCCAGCAUCCUUCCACGAUGGCCAGCCCCUCUCCUCCUGCAGCAGCGGGUGGGUACAGAGUCAAAUGGCUGGUGUAUGGUCAGGGAUAUGUGAUCAUUUCCACAGAUCCACAGGACACCACCACUGUUCAGUCUGACUCUCAGAGCUCUCCAACCACCGGGGCAGCCACUUCCCAAACACCAGAUGGAGGAGAACAAUCCCAGCAGCCUUCCACGAUGGGCGGCACCUCUUCUCGAGCCAGCUCCCCAUGGCACUCAAGCUCCUGGCUCUCUGGCACUUCACCUGCAGUAACAGUCACUCCAAUCCCUGAGGAGCUCCACCUGAUCUCUGACAGUAUGGUCUGGCCAGAGGCUUGGCAGUACUGCAGGGAUCACUACACUGACCUAGUGAGCCUCACAAGCCUGUUUGCACAGAACAGAGUGUCGGAGCUCGUCAGGAACAGCACUGCGUCGCGAUUCUGGAUCGGCCUGCACAGAACCGUGGUGUAUGAUAAAUGGUACUGGGUUGCUGGUAAGGAUAAGAGGGCCCCCCUAAACUACACUAACUGGGCCCCUGGGGAGCCCAACAAUCCUUACUAUGAGCACUGUGGGGAGAUGGUGCUGGGGGAGGAUGGGGGGGCUGAGUGGAAUGAUCUGUGCUGCUAUGAAAAGCUCCCCUUUAUCUGUUUCAAAGGUUAAAAACACAUCAGAAAGGUUCUAUAGCACUGCUUCUCAAACAUUCUAUAGUAUAAAGUCACUUUAGUCAAAAAAAAAAGUGAUUUACAAAAACGUUAUGGAAAUAUCUGAGUUUAAAUUCUGUUGUACAAACGUGGCAUGCGUGAACAAUAAAGCAAAACAAAAUCUUGUAUCUGACAGAGUUUGGCAAUGCCAGUCCUGUAGAAUAAAUGACUGUGUAGCAAUCUUAAAGGGGCAAUAAUUACUUAAGAAAAGACUCCUCAAUACUGAUUGUGAGGAAGUGAGGUGGGGAAGCAUUAUAGUGUUGCACAGGCUUCAGUGCACAAUGCUUGUCUUAUGGGGUUCAUGGCACAGCGCAACACUAAUAUGAUUCCCCUCCUCACUUCCUCACAAUCAGCAUUGAGGCGUCUUUUCAGAAGCUGCUUUUCACUUGUUUUUCUUUUAGUUCAGGAUACGCAGCUAUUUAAAAUGCCAGGCUGUAGAUAAACUGCUGCAUCCUGGUACCUGUGCUGUAGGUCACUGGGUCUGAUUGAGGCCGGACCAUUGGAGAGAGUUUGAACUGUAAUACAUCAUAUAGGAUGUAUUGUUAAGAGGGAAGUAGAAAGGGUGAAAGGGUCAUAUUUAAUAUUUUUCUAAUUUCUGCUUUUUGCCUUUAAAAAAAGAUUCUAUUAUAUUUAAGUAGGUUUUACACAUUUAAAUAAUGCUUACAUAUUUCAGUAAGGAAUGUACACAAACUAGACAGCCAACAGGGCCUGGUUUCUGAUGAUGCAGAUUGCACCUAAUGCUACUCUUGGAUGAAUGUAGUGAAUAGGCAAACUGUAAUCAUAUUUAACUAAACAAAAUAGAAACUACAUUAUGUACCGAGUGAGUCUCUUCUGUCUAUUUAUAUUCUGUAUUUUUGAAUAUAUUCAUGAGAACAUAAGAAAGUUUACAAAUGAGAGGAGGCCAUUUGGCCCAUCAUGCUCGUUUGGUUGUUAGUAGCUUAUCGAUCCCAGAAUCUCAUCAAGCAGCUUCUUGAAGGAUCCCAGGGUCAGCUUGUAUGUUUUGCUGGUAUAAAAAUAAAUAAUG